CACUCGCUCACCACACUGACAGCUCGGCAGAGAACACUUGUGGGAUGUUUAGACCAGGCAACAGUCCUCAUUGUGCCUGUUGUGUGCUCAGGAGGGAAGUUUCAAAGCGAUGCCAGUGAAGUGUGGGGAGCGGCCACUCGGACGAUCAUACAAACGCUUUGUUUCAUCGCUGUGAUGUGAGAACUCAGAGAGCAGAGCUUAUCUUUAACCUUCACUAACUCUCGGGAGUGGACGCUGAUAUUGACCAGAUUAUUUACGUGCAAGUUUGAUGAUUGAAAUAUCGCAGGAGGACAUUUUUCACACUGCAGCCAUCGGUUGAUUGUGAGAUAUUUUUUGGUUAAACAGAAUGACCACCAAUCCGUACCUGGAAGAUGAGAGGAUGAACCUUCCUCCACUCAGCGGAUCAGAUGUGAAGCCUCAGUAUGUUCAUCAUGUGGCCCCGAAACCUCCACCUGAAAUCAGCCACCUCUGUCCCAAACACAAAAGUGUGAAACAGAGGUGUGCUAAGUUCACUGUGGCUGCUGUGAUCUCCCUGCUGCUCCUCCUGCUGGUGGCUGGAGUCCUCCUCGCUUAUUACUUCUCCUCGUCUUGUGCGCACGGGAUGCAGUGUGGUGAUGGGAGCUGUGUGUGGGAGUCCCAGUGGUGUAACGGAGUGACGGACUGUCGUUCAGGCCAGGAUGAAGCUAACUGCGUGAGGCUGCAUGGCUCCAGCUUCCUGCUCCAGAUCUACUCGACUCAGAGUAAAAACUGGAGGACUGUUUGUUCUCACGGCUGGACCGACCAGCAGGGGAGAGCAAGCUGCCAGCAUGUUGGCUUCAGCCGGGGCACAUAUUUCAAAUCAGGCCAACAGCAGACUGAUUCAGAUGAUGGGUACUUAAUAGCUAAGUCUGACUUCAACCCUGAGGCUUCCAUACUGCAACAGCUGGUGCUCAGCAAUAGCUGUCCCAACAACAGUGCGGUGACAUUGCGUUGUACUGAUUGUGGAAGUGGGGUGAACUCCAGCAGGGCCUCUGGGGGCCAGCUGGCCUCACCGGGGGCCUGGCCGUGGCAGGUCAGCCUGCAGGUUGCAGGCUCCCACCGCUGUGGAGGAGCUGUCAUCUCCCCCUACUGGAUAGUCACUGCAGCACACUGUGUGGCCAGGGCCUCCAGCCCUGAAGACUGGGCAGCGUACGCUGGGAUAGUGGAUCCACUAGGUACUCUGUUUACCCCGGCAUACUCUGUGAGCCGCGUUAUAGCCCACGAAGGCUUUAACUGGGCCACUCGCAGGAAUGACAUCGCUCUGAUGAGGCUCUCUAAACCUCUGGACAUCACAGCCUCUAGUGAUAUCAGACCUGUGUGCCUCCCAAAUGUUGGCGUAAACAUCACUGAUCCUCAGACGGGCUGGAUAACACGAUUCAGUCGCACAGUAAAUGGAGACUCUGGCUCUCCACACCUGAUCGAGGCUCAGGUCUCUCUCAUAAAUACCGCAGACUGCAACAAGUCCGUCGCCCACGAUGGCAGAAUAUCACAGGACAUGUUAUGUGCCAGAGAGACGGAGGCAGUAGCCAACGUGUGCCAUACUGACAGCGGCGGCCCUCUGGUGUCCCUGAAGGAUGGAGUAUGGUGGCUCAUAGGGGACACUAUUUGGGGGGAACACUGCACCGAGCAGAACAAACCAGCCGUUUAUGGCAACAUCACCUAUUUUCUGGACUGGAUCUACAAUCAGAUGAGGGUAAAAACCGAUGAAAGAUUGGACUUGUAA